UUCGUCACCUUCCAGAACGAGUCCAUGACCGCCAUCAUCCUGAAGGACUUCAACGCGUGCCAGGUUCAGGGUUGUCUCUGUCGUCAGGAGCCUCGGUCGUCACAGUUCAGCGACGUUCUCCACGUUCACAGCUGGAGCGUUUCCUACGCCCCCGACCCGCUCAACGUCCGCUGGGAGCAUCUGUCUCUGGGCGGGAUCUCCUGGUGGAUCCGCUGCUUCAUCAUCAACGUGAUCCUCUUCCUCCUGCUCUUCUUCCUCACUACGCCCGCCAUCAUCAUCUCCACCAUGGACAAGUUCAACGUCACCAAGCCGGUGGAGUAUCUCAACAAUCCCAUCGUCACUCAGUUCUUCCCCACUCUGCUGCUCUGGGCUUUCUCUGCUCUGCUGCCAACCAUCGUCUACUACUCUGCUUUCUUUGAGGCUCACUGGACCAGGUCUGGAGAAAACAGGACGACGAUGCAUAAAUGUUACACGUUCCUGAUCUUCAUGGUGCUGCUGCUUCCUUCGCUCGGACUCAGCAGUCUGGAUGUUUUCUUCCGUUGGCUCUUUGAUAAGAAGUUCCUCGCCGACGCUAAAGUCAGAUUUGAGUGCGUCUUCCUGCCGGAUAACGGAGCGUUCUUCGUGAACUACGUCAUCGCCUCCGCGUUCAUCGGAAACGCCAUGGACCUGCUGCGGAUCCCCGGUCUGCUCAUGUACAUGAUCCGCUUGUGUCUGGCUCGCUCGGCCGCCGACCGCCGCAACGUCAAGAGGCAUCAAGCCUACGAGUUCCAGUUCGGAGCAGCGUACGCCUGGAUGAUGAACGUCUUCACCGUGGUGAUGGCCUACAGCAUCACCUGCCCCAUCAUCGUCCCCUUCGGUCUGAUGUACAUGCUGCUCAAACACCUGGUGGACAGGUACAACAUGUACUACGCUUACCUGCCCUCCAAACUGGACAAGAAGAUCCACUCUGGAGCCGUCACCCAGGUGGUGGCUGCACCUAUCCUCUGCCUCUUCUGGCUGCUCUUCUUCUCCACCGUACGCACAGGUUUUGAGACGCCGACCUCCAUGUUCACUCUGGUGGUCCUGAUCGUCACCAUCGUGGUCUGUCUGUCUCACGUCUGCUUCGGACACUUCAAGUACCUCAGCGCUCACAACUACAAGAUCGACACCAAGGAGACGGACGUGGACGCUGUGGAGAACGGACGUCCAGCUCGUCCCUCGUCCUCACCGACCAUCAAGUCUCAGCAGCAGCAACAGCAGCAGCAGCAGAUGUACAUCGCUCAGGUACUUCAGGACCCAAACUCAGACGAGCCGGGCGGUGGCAGCGGCGAGGAGGACCGGGGGUCGUCCCAGGACGAAGAGAUGCUGAACGGAGGGAACAGCAUCAACGAGGCGGAUUUCCAGUCAGGGGAGGACAGUCUGAUCGCCAACGAGGUCCACCAGUAGCUGGGGGCGGAGCUAGAGGGAAGGGGCGGGGCUGCUGCGUAGAUAUGGAGUUGAGGGUCCAUACACACGCAACCGUUAAAUAAAGCUAACUGUAGACUCACUACACACACACACA